AGGCACAGCUCGUCUCCAAGCUCCCUCUCCCGAAGUCAGUUAGAAGGGAGAGAAAAUUGGACCCUAAAAGGGUCUUUGGUGGGAUAUUGCUCACACCGUCAAACAAAUUGAUCCAAGACCAGAAUGCAAAGAUGGCAUCCACGCCCCACAUCCCAGGUCCAGACUGCCUCCGCCCUUUUACCCGUGAGUCCCUUAAGGCUAUAGAGAAACGGAUUGCAGACCGGGAAGCUGAGAAAUUGAAGAACCAACAUGAGGUUCUUGAUGAAGAAAAGCAGCCAAAGCCCCGCAGUGACUUGGAACAAGGAAAAAGCCUCCCGCUUAUUUACGGAGACCCUCCUCCAGAACUCAUUGGAGUUCCUCUGGAAGACUUGGAUACAUUUUACAGUGAUCAGAAAACAUACAUCAUCCUCAACAAAGGAAAAACCAUAUUCCGGUUCACUGCCACUUCAGCUCUCUACAUGUUGGAUCCAUUCCACCUUAUCCGGAAUUGUGCUAUCAAAGUGCUUAUACAUUCAUUAUUCAGUAUGUUUAUCAUGAUAACCAUCUUAGCCAACUGUGUCUUCAUGACUCUGAGUGACCCUCCAAUAUGGGCCAAGGAUGUGGAAUAUACCUUUACUGGCAUUUAUACUUUUGAGGCUUCGAUCAAGGUACUUGCUCGGGGAUUCUGUAUUGACAGCUUUACAUUCCUGCGAGAUCCUUGGAAUUGGCUGGAUUUCAGUGUCAUCGUCAUGGCUUAUGUCACAGAGUUCGUAGACUUGGGCAAUGUCUCUGCUCUACGGACAUUCCGUGUUCUUCGAGCGCUUAAAACUAUCACAGUCAUUCCAGGUCUAAAAACAAUUGUGGGAGCUUUGAUCCAGUCUGUGAAGAAGCUCUCUGAUGUGAUGAUCCUUACUGUGUUCUGUUUGGCGGUCUUUGCCCUCAUUGGCCUGCAACUGUUCAUGGGGAACUUGCGACACAAGUGUGUUCGAUGGCCACCUUUUUCCAAUGACACCCUGCAGGAUGCCUUAGGGCCAUCCUUCACUAAUGACUCCCUUCAGGAUGUCUUAUGGAGGGAUCCAUUUGAUAACAGCACUCUGAAUGACAAUUUUACUCUCACUGGGAAUGAUACCUUUGACUGGGAUGAGUACAUUAACAAUAAAGACAAUUUCUAUUUCCUCGAUGGUGCACUUGAUGCUUUGCUCUGUGGGAACAGCUCUGAUGCUGGACAAUGUCCGGAAGGAUUUUUGUGCAUGAAAGCUGGUCAAAACCCAAAUUAUGGCUAUACAAGCUAUGACACAUUCAGCUGGGCAUUCCUUUCACUCUUUCGCCUCAUGACUCAGGACUAUUGGGAGAAUCUCUUCCAGUUGACCUUGCGAGCAGCUGGGAAAACAUACAUGAUUUUUUUUGUGGUGAUCAUAUUCUUGGGCUCUUUCUAUCUCAUCAAUUUAAUCCUGGCUGUGGUGGCAAUGGCCUAUGCAGAGCAGAAUGAAGCCACCUUACAGGAAGAAAAAGAAAAAGAAGCAGAGUUCCAGAAGAUGGUGGAACAGCUGAAAAAGCAUCAGGAGGAGCAACAAAGACUGCUUCAAGCACAAGCAGCAAAUAACAGCUCUGCAGAAAGUAUUAUAGUGGAAAAAAAGAAAAAAGGAGAAUCAGAUGAAAAGGCUCAGAGUGAUCAAGAGGAACCAAAUGAUUGCAAUGGUCGGGUCAUCCCACGUUUGGUGUUGGAGAGAACAGCUACAAUAGAUGAGUCAAGUCCAAGGGAAGAACAUGAGAAAUCUGAUCAAAACCAUUUGUGUGUAGAUGGUGUUGAGGGGAAGGGCUUGGAGAAGCGAGUAGGGAGUGCAGUCAGUGUGGUCUCCAGUACUCUUGAAGAACUGGAAGAGGCACACCAGAAAUGCCCACCAUGGUGGUAUAAGUUUGCUCACACUGUAUUAAUAUGGAACUGUUGCCCACCUUGGGUGAAGCUGAAGCACAUUGUUAAGCUCUUUGUCAUGGAUCCUUUUGUUGAUUUGGGGAUCACCAUCUGCAUUGUCCUCAAUACUGUCUUCAUGGCCAUGGAACACUACCCAAUGACCGAAGAGUUCAACAGUGUAUUGAAUGUGGGCAAUCUGGUAUUCACAGGGAUAUUCACCGCUGAGAUGGUGCUUAAACUGAUUGCUCUAGAUCCUUAUGAAUACUUCCAGCAAGGAUGGAACAUCUUUGACAGCAUAAUUGUUACUCUCAGCUUAGUUGAGCUUGGUCUUGCCAACGUUCAAGGUCUGUCUGUACUACGAUCCUUUCGUCUGAUGAGAGUUUUCAAGCUUGCCAAAUCUUGGCCAACCCUCAAUAUGCUAAUCAAAAUCAUUGGCAACUCAGUAGGUGCCUUGGGAAACCUCACUCUAGUCCUCGCCAUCAUAGUUUUCAUCUUCGCUGUGGUGGGCAUGCAGCUAUUUGGGAAGAGCUACAAAGAAUGUGUCUGUAAAAUUUCCAGCGACUGUGAGCUGCCACGCUGGCACAUGCAUGACUUCUUUCACGCCUUUCUUAUUGUUUUCCGAAUCCUCUGUGGAGAAUGGAUUGAGACUAUGUGGGAUUGCAUGGAAGUGGCUGGACAGCCCAUGUGCCUCAUUGUUUUUCUGAUGGUCAUGGUCAUCGGGAACUUAGUGGUACUCAACCUAUUUUUAGCUUUACUGCUUAGCUCCUUCAGUGCUGAUAGCCUGGCAGGAUCUGAUGAUGAUAAUGAGAUGAACAAUUUGCAAAUUGCAAUUGGCAGAAUCACCCGAGGGAUUGAUUUUGUAAAGAAACAUGUCCUCCUGCUGCUUCACAGAGAACUGAAAGAGAAAGCAGAGCUAUCAUCUGAGGAACCAGAUGACAGUAAAAAGGAGAACUUUGUUCUCAACCACAUGGACACUCUCAACCAUGUGGACACAGGCCAGGAUUUCAAGUCUGAAUACAUGGAUGGAAUAGUAAAAAAAGAGCAACUCAUUGAUGAACUGGACCAAAUGAACUUCAUUAAUAAUCCCAACCUGACCAUAAAUGUACCUAUAGCAUCUGAGGAGUCUGAUCUUUAUGAUGAAACUGAUACAGGUGAAGAAACUGCUGAUGACACCAAGAAAUCGAAAAAGCCACUGUCGGAUGGAACAGAUUCAUCCAUAUGCAGCACUGUGGAUUACAAGCCUCCAGAUCCUUUGGAGGACAAAGCAGAAGUUGAAGAAAAUGUGGAGAAUGAUGAUCCAGAGGAAUGCUUCACUGAAGCCUGUGUUCAAAGGUGUCCUUGCCUGUACGUUGAUAUCAAAACAGAAAAGGGAGCAAAGUGGUGGAAUCUUCGGAGAACAUGUUUCAAAAUUGUGGAGCACAAUUGGUUUGAGACUUUCAUUAUCUUUAUGAUUCUCCUCAGUAGUGGUGCCCUGGCUUUUGAAGACAUCUAUAUAGAACGCCGACAUGUAAUUCGCACCAUCUUGGAGUAUGCUGAUAAGAUCUUCACAUAUGUUUUCAUUCUUGAGAUGCUGCUCAAAUGGGUAGCAUAUGGGUUCAAGGUCUAUUUCACCAAUGCUUGGUGCUGGCUGGACUUCCUUAUUGUUGAUGUCUCCCUAAUUAGCCUAACAGCAAACUGGCUAGGCUAUUCAGAGCUGGGAGCUAUCAAAUCCCUGAGGACACUCCGAGCAUUGAGACCGCUUCGGGCAUUAUCCAGAUUUGAAGGCAUGAGAGUGGUUGUAAAUGCUCUUUUGGGGGCCAUCCCCUCCAUCAUGAAUGUCCUCUUGGUAUGCCUGAUCUUCUGGCUCAUCUUCAGCAUUAUGGGGGUGAACCUCUUUGCAGGGAAGUACUAUCGCUGUGUCAAUACCACCACAGGUGACCUCUUUGAAAUCCAACAUGUAAACAACAAAAGUGACUGCAUCGAUCUUAUCAAUGUUGAAAAUGCCACUGAUGUCCGUUGGGUCAAUGUCAAGGUCAAUUUUGACAAUGUGGGCUUAGGCUAUCUCUCCCUUUUGCAAGUGGCCACUUUCAAGGGCUGGAUGGACAUCAUGUAUGCAGCUGUUGAUUCCCGUGAGCAGGAGGAACAGCCUCAGUAUGAAGUGAAUCUCUACAUGUAUAUAUAUUUUGUCAUCUUUAUUAUCUUUGGGGCAUUCUUUACUCUCAAUCUCUUUAUUGGUGUAAUCAUUGACAAUUUCAACCAGCAAAAGAAAAAGUUUGGAGGGAAAGAUAUCUUUAUGACAGAGGAACAAAAAAAAUACUACAAUGCUAUGAAGAAACUAGGUUCAAAAAAACCAGUGAAGCCCAUCCCAAGGCCCCAGAACAAGUAUCAAGGGAUGAUCUUUGACUUUGUGACUCAGCAAGCUUUUGAUAUAGUCAUCAUGAUCCUCAUUUGUCUUAACAUGGUAACAAUGAUGGUGGAAACAGAUGACCAAAGCGAAACCAAGAUAAAUAUCCUUGCUCAGAUCAACUUGGUCUUCAUUAUCAUCUUCACAUCUGAAUGCUUUCUCAAGAUGAUUGCCCUGAGGCACUACUUUUUCACUAACGGCUGGAACAUCUUUGACUUUGUUGUGGUCAUUCUCUCCAUUGUAGGACUUGUCCUCUCAGACAUUAUAGAAAAAUACUUUGUAUCACCCACUCUCUUCAGGGUCAUCCGGUUGGCCAGAAUUGGGCGUGUUCUUCGGCUGAUCAGGGGAGCAAAAGGCAUCCGAACACUGCUCUUUGCCUUGAUGAUGUCUCUGCCAGCACUAUUCAACAUUGGUCUCCUCCUAUUUCUGGUUAUGUUCAUUUAUUCCAUUUUUGGAAUGUCAAACUUUGCUUAUGUAAAGAAGGAAUCUGGCAUUGAUGACAUUUUCAACUUUGAGACAUUUGGCAACAGCAUCAUCUGUCUUUUUCAAAUCACCACGUCAGCUGGUUGGGAUGGCUUAUUGAACCCUAUCCUGAACAGUGGUCCCCCAGAUUGUGAUCCUCAUCUAGAGAACCCUGGUAGUCAUGUGAAAGGUGAUUGUGGCAACCCCUCCAUGGGCAUCUGCUUUUUUUGCAGUUAUAUCAUUGUCUCUUUCUUGAUUGUGGUUAACAUGUACAUUGCCAUCAUUUUGGAGAAUUUUAAUGUAGCCACAGAGGAGAGCAGUGAGCCUCUCUGUGAAGAUGACUUUGAAAUGUUCUAUGAAACAUGGGAGAAGUUUGACCCUGACGCCACACAAUUUAUAACUUACAGCACACUUUCUGAUUUUGUGGAUACCCUGCAAGAGCCACUGCGAAUUGCUAAACCCAAUAAAAUCAAACUGAUCACUAUGGACUUGCCUAUGGUUCCUGGAGAUAAAAUACAUUGCUUGGACAUUCUCUUUGCCCUGACAAAAGAAGUUUUGGGAGACUCUGGAGAAAUGGAUGCCCUGAAGGAAUCAAUGGAGGAGAAAUUUAUGGCUGCAAAUCCCUCCAAAGUAUCUUAUGAGCCCAUUACCACAACACUAAAAAGAAAGCAGGAGGAAGUCUGUGCCAUCAAAAUCCAAAGAGCAUUCCGUCGAUAUCUGUUAAAACGGUCAGUGAAACAAGCUUCAUAUCUGUACAAGCAGAGUCAAGAUAUAGAAACACUGAAAGAAGACGCCCCAGAGAAAGAAGGAAUGAUUGCAGAGAAAAUGAAUGCAAUGUAUGGCUCACAAGUAGAAGUAGAAAAGUCCCCAGAAACAGCUCCAUCUCUCGUACUUGAGCCAAUAAGUAGUCCAGAGAUUAAGAAGGAUUCUGGUGAAAAGAAAGAGCAGGACAAUAAUGGCAAGAAGGAAGAUGACUCUGGAAAAACUAAAAAAAGUGAGAAUGCCAAACGUGGUGUAAAAGAAUCAUCUGUAUAAUGAACACACAUUUGGACAACAAAUGUUGGUGUAUGGUUCCAAAUGACCUUUUUCACAAAAUCCUUUUGGCAUCUUCUAUUUUAAUACAAAAACAAGAUUAUUUUGCCAGAUUUCAGGUACUUCACACCACAGUUCAGCAUUGAAAGCAGAACUCCAUCUGGUUUCUGGCUUGUUUGCUUGUUUUUAAAAUUCACCACAAUGUGCAAAGUGCUUUUUGUCUUCUUUUCUCAUAAUGCAAAUGUCAAUUAUCUCCUUUUCUGGUGAAAAGACAUCCUAGUUUCAUGUUAAUGCUCCAGAAUCGGUUCUGAUGAUUCUAAAUACCGAAUUAUAUCAAAUGAGUUGAGAAUCAACUCUUUAUUAGUAGAAUGAUUAAGCAGUGCUAGAAAUAAAGCAGUGCUAAAAAUAAAGGGGAAAAGAAGGAAGUUCAUUCAAGCUUUGAAUGAAAACAGAUCAUUUCUGGAGAAUUUCACCAGAAUCUCUUAAGCUCCAUUUGCUAAAAAAUGUGCCAAGAAUAACCGUUAUUUAGUUAUUGCUCUGAUCAAUUAUGCAAUUUUUCAGAAGGCUGUAUAUUUUACUAAUUUAUUCUGCUAAUGCUGGGGAGAUGUAAUUGGGCAUGAAUCCCUGAACAAUAUGUAGGUAUAUAUGUCUGAGAAUUCAUUUACUUGUUAAUAUUCUUUCAAUUCUUAUUCAGCCACAAGAACUAGAAAUAUGCUUGCUUUUUCAGUUAAACUUGAAGUUUCCAGUUGGCUGAAAUUAAUGCCCAUUGCCAAAUUCUGCCCAUAUGCAGAAACUGGAUAUGAUAGUGGAAAGUACAAUAUGGAAAGCCUGACCCUAGUGACUAGUGCUUCUUAAAUCCAGUUUGAAAUUGUGGGAAAAUACUCAUCUUUAGCAAUUUCCUCUCUUCUUUGUAUGUCUUUCUUGAAGAUGCUGGGAGUGAAAGUUAGGAUCUGUACUGGUCCUCAGACAUUAGCAACUCUGAUUUCUUUAAAAAUAAUAGACAUAAAUUUGGGCUUAGGAUUCUUUCCAGCAGGAGUGGGUGCAAAGUGAACAGCAUGGAGUAACAGCUGAGAUAACAGCACAGUUUAGGAACACAAAACUGCAAUGUCUUAAAUGGGGUUCAAUUUUUUUAUUUAAAUAAUUUGAGUAGACUUAAAAAAACUUUUUGUUAGAAGUGGCUGAAAGUCCAAUUAAGUCUUAAUUAUGUAUAUGCAUUGUUUCUUUUAAACAAAAAAAAAAUCAAAUGUGAUGUGCUAAUCUGUUCUAAAAGUUUAUUGCCAACUUAGUAAUUUUUUCUAAAUUAAUUCUCAACUCUACAGAUAAUAAUCUUGGAAUGUAAGCUGCAUUUUUUAUUUGCCAAUCCACUGUUUUCUUCUUUAAAGAGCUCUGCUUUAGAAUGUGGCAUGCAUGACAUUCCGAUUCACAGUCUAAAUUGCAGUUUGCCUCUUCCGCUUCUCUCCUCCAUUAACUAGUCAGGAGGAGCAGAAUUCCCAUGCACCGAGAGGAAAGGGUGUCCCAGAGGAAAAGAUACAUUUCCCAAGGGAUGAUUUGUGCAAAGGAAAUCUGAUAGCUAAGUAGGCUAUUAAAAAUGUCCUAAUAAAUUCUGUUGAGAUUAGAGUAUAUAGUAUCUGUUAAGCAUAGUAGUGCAGUUUUGUGAAUGUUUUAUUUAUUUUUAAAGCAUUUACACAAGAAGAAUUUCUCAGCAAUUUGUAUCUUUAUCAGUGUGGAAUCAGCGCAAGAAAAAUGAAACAGGAGAGAGAUUAUUUCUUAACUUUAUUCUUCUGCCUGUCCCUUAAUCAAACAAAAUUCCUUUUUACUUGUCCCAUUAUUCAAAAUCUGCUUUAAUGGCAGCCAUUGUGGCCUUCAAUCAACAAUUAAAUUAGCCAUAAUGUCAUGCCCUAUAAAUAAAUAACCUGUGGUACAUCCAAAUGGAAAAAUGUAGUGGUUGCAAAAUCUCUGCUACAUAUAUAUGUACUAUGAAAAUAAUAAAGAUGUAAAUAAAGAAAAUAAAGCUGUAUCUUUAGAUGUAUUUUUGCUGUAUCUAUAGUCUGCUGUUGUUCACCCUAAUGACCAUGACUGUUGUGCAAGGUUUGCUUCAAACCAUAUUGUGACGUAUGCAGAUGAUACAAUAGUAUGGACUUUAUUCAGGAUGAUAAUGAAGGUGCUUACCAGGAGGAGGUGGAGGGUUUGGUGAGGGUUUGGUCUGGUGGAUAUAAAAACAGCUUGGUUUUAAAUGUAGGAAAAACAAAAGAGAUCACUAUUGAUUUCAGAAAAGGCAUGCUGAGCCAUACACCUCUAUACAAAAGAUUCAACUAUGGAGAUGGUUAGUUUCUGGGUGUGCAGUUGACAAGCAGGUUAGCUCAACAGUGGGACACUGGUGAAGCAGGCAUAGAAGCACCUGCAUUUUUUGCAUUAUAUCUUCCCCUAUCCUUACUACUUUCUAUAGAGGGACGAUUGAAAGCAUCCUGUCAUAUUGCAUUACUGUGUGGUUUAGAAGUAUUACUGUUUCAGAUAGGAUGGUUGUACAGAGAGUGGUGAGGACAGCAGAAAAGAUUAUUGGAUGUUCCCUUCCGUCUAUUCAGGACAUGGCAUAUAAGCGCUAUUUGACCAAGUCCGCAGUAUUGUCACAUCCUCUCCAUGACUGAUUUUCUUUGUUACCUUCUGGGAG